GCGGCGACUUUGUGGUUCUCCAGCGUCCCUGCCCGCCUCGUUCUGACCUCACGGUCAGUAACGUCCGGGCAGGAAGAGACCGGUAGGAGAAGGGUGGCCUCUCCUUUAACGUCCUGUCCAGUCAGGAUCCAAAAAAGAUCUUGAGACGGACGGAGGGGUGGAAAUACGUUAAGGGAAGAGAAAUCCUCGGUGAUUUCCUUAUCUAAAAGCACACUGAAGAUGAAGCCGGCGUCUGCAGGGACCAGGUUCUCCCGGCGCCGGUGAAGGUGGGUGGAGUCCUCGUCAGCAGCUGGAGCCAAAGCAGGCAGCCUGGGCCCGGCCACCAGUGAGAGGCAGCAAGAGGUUUCUUUUGUGAGAAAAUGCUCCAACUGAAGCCUGGGAUGCAUCAGCCCUUGGAGAAGAAGGGAUCUUCUGAGAGGAGAGUGAAUGAGCAGAAGACUCAGCCUGAGAAAGCUGGAUUCUCCUCUAUGUCCUACAGAGAGAAAUAUUCCUUGAUCCAGGAUCAGGCUCGAGAGUUGACCCACCUGCGGGAAAAGAUAAGGAUUGGGAGGGCUGUCUCUUCUCUUCUCAUCCAACAUGUUCAGAACACAGUGAAGAUCUUUGAAGAGCUCCUCAGCAGUAGGAAGAUUGACUAUAACACGGAACAGCAUUUCCGUGAGCAGCUGGCCAAGGGCAGCCAGCUGGCAGAGAGCCUCGCCAGCAAGUUCAACACAGAUGACUGUGUAAAUAAGAAGAAUCAAAGAGAACAGGUGCUGCAGAGACUCAGUAUCUUAAGGGAGAGGCUGAAGAGGGAUAAGAAGACAGAAGUCCUGCAGACCCAACAAGAUGCCCAGCCGCAGACUUGGCCCCAGACCUGCUCCAGCAGCCAUGCCCAGUCCACCACCUGUUACUCCCCUAGCAGCACCUACCUGCUGCUCAAUGAACAGAAAGUGCGCCCUGCAGUGGACAUGGCCAAUGUCAGCCCAGCCACGCCUGCUGAUUCAGCUUCAUUGCCCAGCAACCACUCAGAAGCUGUAUCUGCUCAGCCCUUCUAUCCUUUGGGUGGCACCGCAGAGCAGAGUGGGACACCAGAUGCUGGGCAUCAUGGCAGCAGUCACCCAUGCGAAGAGAUGAAGCCUCAGAAGAUGAAUGCAUCCGGGAACCUAUCCUCCUCCUCCUCUUUGGACCGGCCCAGCUCCAAGCCCUCUGGGGCUGACCUGCUGGAAAAGAAUCUUAUUGAGAUCCAAAACCUGCGCCAGCGCCUGAAGGAAUCUGUAUUCAUCAAUGACCGUCUGCGGGAGAGGCUGGAAUACGUGCUCAGCAAUGCUGGCCAAGGAAAAGGUACUGCACAGUCAGCUUCAGAUGUGUCCCUCGCCACCCCUCAUUUAUACACUGAGAGUCACUCUUCUGGCUCUGGUAAGGACAUCUUGUGACCCGACACCGGGACGGUCUGGAGGAGUGUUUUCCAGAUUCUCCAGUCCUAUUCAACAGCAUUUGUGGGUGUAAACUUGGAGGCAUCAGACAUUAUCUUUAAAUGAAUGGAUCAGAUUAAUAAAUUAUUAUUUAAAAAUUA